UGUGCAUCUGUACCGUGUUGAGUGCAACGGUUGUAUCCCACACUCUGAAGAAACUCUCGGAUUUCCUUGGCGCUGCUAUUGCUGGCUUGCAACAAUCGCUCGUCUUCCUCGUAGAUUAGAUAAUCACCAGGUUUAAAUGUGUUCCUCUAACUCUUCAUAUAGCAUGAAAACUUUGGCUCUCUUAUUCAUUUUAAUUGGCUUGACAAAUUCAAGAAUAUAUAGUGCAAGUAUAAUAGGAUAUGCAGGCAGUUUUAAUGUCCUGGAUUAUGGAGCUGCUGCUGAUGGCAUUACAGAUGAUUCUCAAGCAUUACUUAAUGCUUGGAAUGAUGCAUGUUCGUCAUCAGCUGGAUCUCCUGAAGUGAUUAUUCCUCAAAACAUGAUAUUUUUUCUUAGUCCUGUGACAUUGAGGGGCCCUUGCAAUUCUGAGAACAUCUAUUUUGUGAUAUCAGGUAGACUUGUGGCAUCGAGCACACCUAGUAUAUGGACCGGGCAAGAUCCAAGUCAGUGGUUGGCUUUCAGAAAUGUUAGUGGUCUAAUUGUUGAUGGCUCAGGAGCCAUUGAUGGGCAGGGACAAGGAUGGUGGGAUCAAUCAUGUAGAUACCACCCUGAAAUGGAAGGAUGCACAAAAUUAGCUCCCACUGCCUUGAAGUUCAUUUUUUGCAGUCACAGCUCCAUCAGUAACAUCUAUUUUGCCAACAGUGCCCAAACUCAUAUACUUAUAGAGAGAUGCAAUGGCUUCAAAGUGGACAAUGUAAUGAUUCAAUCUCCGGGAAAUAGUCCAAAUACAGAUGGAAUUCACAUUCAGGCUUCUCAAUAUGUGGCAAUUACAAAUUCUAAAAUAAGCAGUGGGGAUGAUUGCAUUUCAAUUGGAGAUUACACUUCUAAUGUCCAAAUAUACAACAUUCAAUGUGGACCAGGUCACGGUAUAAGCAUUGGAAGCUUAGGAAAAGGGGGAAAUGUUGCUCAAGUAGAGAACAUUCAUGUGAGCAAUGCUUUCUUCUAUGGAACCACAAAUGGAGCUCGCAUCAAGACAUGGCAGGUUGGCAGAGGAUAUGUACGAGACGUCACUUUUGAGAAUCUUGAAUUUAACUCUGUCAAAAACCCCAUCAUAAUUGACCAGAAUUACUGUGAUGUUCGAGGGGCUUGCAAGGAAAUGGCAACUGGAGUGCAAAUCAGCAAUGUUGUUUACCAGAACAUAUUUGGAACAUCGAGCACAGAUAUCGCUAUAAAUUUAAACUGCAGCAAGUCAGUACCAUGUACUGAUAUAACAAUGCAACUGAUACAACUAACAUCAGCAACUCCAGGAAGGGAGGUUACAGCUUAUUGUAGGAAUGCUUAUGGCCAAGAAUAUAGUAUCGAACCCGGUCCUUGUCCCUCACAAGUUUGAGAUUUUACUUUCUCUCAACACCUACUUUUAUAUAGGGCUAACACCAACAAUUCUGUGUUGUGCGCAUAACAAGAAAAAGGAGAGGAAAAGUAAAAUAGAAUGAACAACCUUGUCACAGUUGUAGCAUCGUAAGUAUUGUACACAAUUUUUUGUUUGGCCUUUAUUUUAAACUUUAAGCUGUGUUCUGCAAUUUUUUCUAUGUUGUACCAUUGUUGAUGUUGGAUAAAAUUAAGACAUGCAUGUGACUUA